UUUUCGUUGUUUGGUGAUAACGUUAAACUUCAAGUUAGAAUUAAACGAGAAUUAUAUUAAAACUAUAUAAAAAUGGAAGUUGCAGAGGAAGUAAGUAAGGAGAAUACAGAAAAACCGAUACAAGAGAAUGAUACAAAAGAAAAGCCUCCACCACCCCAAGAAGUACCGAAAAAGAACAAAAAAGAGGACCGCCUCAGUCGUGACGAUAAAAAUGUUGAACAGUUCAUGAAAUCGCUCAAUUCUAUAUCAUCCCCUGAUGAGAAACUAGCACAAGUGUGUAAAAAAUAUGUUCAAACCGCAGAUGAGAAUAAAAAACUACAGUUUUAUAUCAAACAGUCAGAUAAACGGUAUUCUUUGUUGUUAAAAGAGAAAGAACAGUUGCAACAUGAGUAUAAUAAGACAAUUUUGGUUAAAUCGAAGCUGGAGAAUCUGUGCCGAGAGUUACAGAAACAUAAUAAAGCUAUUAAGGAAGAAUCACUGCUCAAAAUACGCGAGGAGGAAGAACGUCGUAAAGAAACGCAGGCAAAGUUUCAAAAUACAUUGACAGAGAUCACAGCGCUAUUGCAACAAAAUAAUGAGAAAAAUGCUAAACUUAGAGAUGAUAAUAUCAGUAUGACAGAGAAGUUUAAGAGUGUCGUGCAGCAGUAUCAGUUGAGGGAGCAACAGGUUGACAAAAUGGCAAAACAAAUGGCGCUAGAAUCUCAACUAUCAGACGCGAAGCUGCAAAAGGCAGCUCUCGAGCAUCAAGCGGAGAAGGAACGGCUGCUUGCUGAAGCUGAACAGAUGAAGAUGACCCUAGCGCAGUACAGGUCGAAGAUCAUGGAGCUGCAGGGCACGGAGACAGCACUGAAGGGCCAGCUGGCUGUGUACACGGAUAAAUAUGACGAGUUCCAGAAUGCACUGGUUAAGAGUAACCAGGUGUUUGGCGGUUUCAAGGAACAGAUGGAGAAGAUGUCAAAGAAGAUCCAAAAGCUGGAAAAGGAAUCUCUAUCGUGGAAGAGCAAGUGGGAGACGUCCCAAACUGCCCUCCUCGACAUGUGUGGUGAGAGACAAGCCGGUGAGGAACGAGCAGCCGCUACCAAUAGGCAGCUGCAGCAGAUGCAGAGCUUGUGCCGGACUUUGCAGGGCGAGCGUACUCUGCUAUUGAAUACGCUAAAGGAGCACAACAUAGAGCGACCGCCGCUACCAGCGUUACCCCCACCUCCUGUUAUAGCACCAUCGCAGCCUGCUAAUGAUGCUAAGGUUGAUGCUAUGGCAGCGAACUGCGCUCAACUGCGGCAAAGUCUCGCGCAUUUACAAACACAAUUAAAUACACUGACAACCAAGAAAGAAAAAGAGGAAUCUCCGAAACCAGAGCCAAAGAAAAAGUCCAAAUCCAAGAAAAAUAAAGCACAAAAAGCAGCACAAGAAAAGGCAGAAGAAACAGCUAAAGAAGAAUUAAUUGAAAAACCUAGUGAAGUUAAAGAAUCUAGUGAAAGUCCAGAAGAAAAAGUAGAUACUGAAGCUAUGGAGAAUCUCUUAGACGCUAUAAAUGAAGCGAACGUUAACCUUUGUGACUUAGAUGUUGUGAACGAUAAUAGUGAAAUAGAAGUUAAAAAUGAUGACGAAAUCAAACCAGUAGAUGUUAAAAAUGACGAAGAAAUCAAACCAAAUUCUGAUAAUGUUAAUGGAGAAAUUGUAAGUGAAAAUAAAGAUACCAAUGUAAGCAAUGGUGUUGAAUUAAAACCUGAAGAAGAUAUUAAAGUGGAAGAAAAAGUUGAUGAUAGUAAUAAAAGAGAAGUUGUGACAGAAGAAAAUGAUAAAACAAAAGUUGUGAAGGAAGAAAAUGAUAAAACACAAGUUGUGACAGAAGAAUAAGGACUGAAUUUAAUUUCUUAAGUGUUAUUUGAUACUGUGUCUCAAAUGGGUUGAUUUUAUACUACAUGGUUGUGCCGAUCGACCUAACAUUACAGUAAAUAGCAUGUUUUGUUUUUGUGUGGGUUAAAUUAGAAUCUAGUCAAAAACUAGUAUUUGUAUGGAAUAAUAUAAUGUGCAUCAAGUUUGAUUACUUAAGUAUUUAACUUAUAAAUACGAUGUUCAAUGUUAAGAAGUCUCAAAAAAUAUUUUUUUUCGAAAUAUUGAUGUGAACCUACGAUUUUUUGACAAAUCAUAGUGAUUCGAUCAGUUAGUAUUAUAUUGUGUAGAUUUUCUUGUAAUUGAUUCGUAUUAAAGUAGGAAUUAAAGACUUGAUCAUUUUCAAACUUAAUUCAUUAUUUUUAAAACUACGCAGUUUUUGAGUUUCAUUUAAAAGUCGUUUUUUAAAUGAAAAAAUAUGAUCAUGUUAUAUUUUUCGAUACAUUAUGUCAAUCAUCUCUUCUAUAUACUUAGGACUGUUCGAGCAGUAUUAAAGAAUCCAGUAAUUAAUUACGCUACAUACUGCCUAAGCUGUUAAUGUUUAUUAAGUUAAUUUUUCUGUUUAAAUUCAAGUCAAUUUCUAGGUAAAGUGGUAAUACCUAAAAUAUAUAAUUUUGACUUACAGUUGAAUGUACAUAGUAGGUUGUUUUCAACAUUUGUUAAAUUUUAUACGAUAGUGUGGUGACCGCAGGCGAAUUAUGACUUGGUUUUUUGUAAUAAAGUUUUGUAUGUGUCAA